UACACAUGGUUUCUUCAAAUCUCAUCCAUCUCUCUCUCUCUUCUUUUUCUCUCUCUAGAAUUUUCAAGAACACAGUGUUUUAAAUUUCUGGGUUCAUAGAUUAAAUUCGAGUGGCUAUUACAUAGUUCAAAGAUUUUUAAUAUAUUUAUUCGAUUUAGAUCUUCGAAAACUCGUUCUUGUUCUUGUUUCUUGUUCUUGUUCUUAGGUUUUUGUCUGUCUGUGUUGGAUCUGUUAUUGUCUCAUGUGGAAACCUUAGGAUUUUCAAAAACAAAAAAACCAUUGUUAUUUGUUCAUAAACAUUAUGAUGAAAGGUAGUUUUUUGUCUCAACAACAUCAACAACAACUACUCAUGGAUCAAACUUUGUCCAAUUUGACUAACCCGACCCAAUUUUUCUCUCCUCCUCCCCCGAAGCGGAAGCGGAAUCUCGCGGGAAAUCCCGACCCAGAUGCGGAAGUGAUAGCGUUAUCGCCGAAAACGCUCAUGGCGACGAAUCGAUUCGUGUGCGAGAUUUGCAACAAAGGGUUUCAAAGAGAUCAGAAUCUUCAGCUACAUAGAAGAGGGCAUAAUCUUCCAUGGAAGCUGAAGCAGAGAUCAAACAAGGAGGUGAUAAAGAAGAAGGUGUAUGUUUGUCCUGAGCCAAGCUGUGUUCACCAUGAUCCAUCAAGAGCUCUUGGUGACCUCACAGGAAUAAAGAAGCAUUUUUGCAGAAAACAUGGUGAAAAGAAGUGGAAAUGUGAUAAAUGUUCUAAGAAAUAUGCUGUUCAAUCCGAUUGGAAAGCUCACUCCAAAAUUUGUGGCACUAAGGAAUAUAAAUGUGAUUGUGGAACGCUUUUCUCGAGGAGAGAUAGUUUUAUUACACAUAGAGCUUUCUGUGAUGCAUUAGCGGAUGAAAGUGCAAGAUCAGCCAUGACAUUGAGCCCUCUAAUUUCAAAUUAUAAUAAUUCACAAGAAUUAUUAUUUAAACGAGGCUUCGGCGGCGGUGAUAAUAGCAACAAUGACGACAACAAUCUAAAAACGGAAAUCCCGUCGUGGCUGCAGUCGGACGAAAUCUUUGUCGGGAGUACCCACCAAACCCUAAACCCUAACCCUAAUGGUUUAGUUCCUCCUUGUGUUUCGUCUCCUCAUAUAUCAGCGACUGCGUUGCUUCAGAAAGCAGCUCAAAUGGGUGCGACCAUGAGUAGUGGCUCGAUGGGAAGGACCCACGAGAUGGUUCACGUGUCUACAGGUAAUUAUGGGGAUAUGGGUAUAAGGUCACGUGAAGGAGGAAUGGGCGUCAGUUGUAGUAGUAGUAGUUGUUGUACUGAUUAUGGGAAUAAAGCUGCGGCGGUUUCUGCGGCGGUUUCUGCCACUGCUACGCCUUCUGGGCCGACCACUUUUCUUCAUGACAUGAUAAAUUCCCUUGCUUCUGCUUCUCAUCCUUUCCAUCAAGAUUCCUCCGCCUUUAACGCCGCCGCAUUCGCCGCCAUGCACCACCACACCGCCGCCGGAAGAAGCGACGGUUUAACCAGAGAUUUCUUGGGGCUCCGCCCACUUUCCCAUGGAGAUAUUCUAAGCAUUACCGGUUUUGGAAACUGUAUUGUUCCCAAUUCUGCCACUCUUCAGAGCCAAACCCAGAAGCCUUGGCAGGGUUAGAUUCGUAAAUUCACAACUUUUUUUUUUUUUUUUUUUUUUUUUUUUUUUUUUUUUUUUUUUUUUUUUUUUNUUUUUUUUAAUUUUCAUGUAAGAAACUUAAUGGAAUGUUCGUAAGCUUUUAAGUAAUUACCAACUCGUUUUUGUUUAAGAACAAUAUUUAAUUAUAUUGAAAUAUAAUUAUAAAC